AUGGAGGUACAGUCGCCCCAAGAUACGUCCAACAAGGGCAUGCUCCAGGAUGCCAUAUUCCCAGCAUUUGGCAACGAUGCGGGCACCCCCAAUGUUGAAUCGCCAGAGCAACUGCAGAAGAACGACCCGCUGGGCACGCAAAUCUGGAAAUUGUAUUCCCGGGCAAAGACGCAGCUUCCCAAUGCAGAGCGCAUGGAGAACUUGACAUGGCGAAUGAUGGCCAUGAACAUGCGUCGCGCCGAGAUGGAUCGCAAUAAAGGGCCCGCUCCGGAUGCGCAAAACAAUGAAAUGAUGAUGCUGCCGCCGCCGCCAACAACAACAACUUCUUCGAGCGCAAGACCGCCGCCAAGAUCCGCCCCGAGCGGCAUCGCCCAGCAGUUGAGGAAGUCGCAGGACCAGCAGGCCCAGGUACAGCACAACUCACCCCAGGACGCCAUGAACCUAGACGAUUUUAUAUUUCCCUCAUCCGUCGGCAGUCCUGCAGGCCUGUCGCCCGAAUUGUCGAAUGAGGAUGCGGCUCCAUUUAAUCCAACGGCCCCAGCGAUACCGAUAAGAAAGCCGCAUCUAGCCAACGACCAUAAUCUCUCCCUCGCCCGCGCAUCCGCACCUUCAGUACCUCCUACCAUCCAGAGAGAGGAUGAAUUUGGCUACGUUCCGCGACACGUCCGCAAGACGAGCAUCGACGAGCGACGGCCUCCCAAGCGGCGCGCAGAAGCCUCUCCUUUGGUCCCUCCCGUCAACAGUAUCAUGAUACCCACCGAUGCCCAGACCGAGGCCGACCUGCACCACUACUCGCUCGACAACCACUCCAUGCAGCCCCCCACCUUCCCAGCCUCACAGGCACAGGUCCCCUUCUCCAUAGAUACCUUCUCCAUGCAAGAGGACCCCGUCAUACAUUCUGCUGGACCCUACCAGCAGAGCUUCUCAGGCUUCUCUCCUGUCGGCUCGCCCCUCAUGAGCCACAACGCCUUCAACUCCAACAUGUUCAACCAACACUCCAUGGCGUCCUCCCUCAACUCUACCGACUACUACUCUCCGCCCAGCUCCGCUUUCCCCUCCACCGUCUCCACUCCACAGCCCAUACCUGAGGAUAACCAGAUGUACUUUGACAGGAGUGGCAUGGACAUUCGCAACUCACAUGGCGGCGCCUCGUAUGGACCCCACCGGCCCUCCAACCUGUCAACUUCCAUGCAGCCACAGUUCAUCUUCAACCCUGGAGCUGGUGGUCACGACUCUGUCUUCAGUCCUGUGACAAGCGCUAGCUCCUCACUACCAUUCUCAGCCUCGUCGUUCGGCCAGUCGAGUCACGUAGAUCCGUCUCAAGUACUCCAUAACCACCUACCGUUACGACAGCAGCACGAGAUGCAGAUGGGACGUCAGGAGAACAUGUUUACCUUCGGCGCAGAUUCAGACGCCGAGGAUGAUGAAGGAAGCGCGUUUGCAGACCGCACUAUGCCAUCACAAGAUUACUCGCAUAUGGAGGAUGGCUCACUUGAUUUCAACAAUGGCUACCAAUGGGAGACGAAUCUUUCAAAUCAGUUCAAUCCCAUGCAGGCGCGAUAUCCAGCCGGGCCCCCACGCAAGACUGUCACAAUUGGUGGAACCGAGAUGGUGCACUCACCGCAAGAUCACUGGAGCCCUGGCGGCAGUCUUGGGCGGACGCAUGGCUCGGCUGCCUCUGUAAGCGACAUACGCAAUCGAGGGAGCGAUCCACGACGCCAGAAAAUACCCCGCACUAGCUCAACUCCCAACGCUGCUGGAAUGCUGCACCAGGGCAUGCACGGCCUAGUUUCCUCGCCCAAUUCACCGCCAGAGUCAGGCUUUAGUUCUGCAGCCCCAUCACGACCUCAGAGUCCAGGUGGCUCAAAGCAAGGCGAAGGCGGUGCCCCGACAACUUGCACCAAUUGUUUUACCCAGACGACGCCUUUGUGGCGGCGCAACCCUGAGGGACAUCCACUUUGCAAUGCAUGCGGCCUAUUCUUGAAACUGCAUGGCGUUGUUCGGCCCUUGUCCCUGAAGACCGAUGUCAUCAAAAAGCGCAAUCGGGGUAGCGGCAAUGCACCUGUAGGCACGACAUCCACGCGAUCUUCCAAGAAAUCCUCCCGAAAGAACUCAAUCGCGCACACUCCAGUGACGACGCCCACGUCCCACAAAGCCGCCGAGUCGGAGUCUCCAAAAUCCACCGGCUCUGGUGGAGGAGCCUCCGGUACUAUGUCCAAUGUUACCACUCCAACAUCUUCGAAACCGAGCGGUGUAGUUCCAAUUGCCCCUGGCCCGCCAAAGUCCAACAGCUCUGUAAACUUGGCUCAGACUCGCGGUGUUACUGUUGCGCCGAAACGUGUUCGUGGCCAAAGCAAAACCGAGUCACAGGAGCUAGAGAUGGCAGAUGCGGACGACACGAAUGGAAGAGCGCCUCUGCGCAGAAAGGACACCGCCAUCGCGAGUCCCAGUCCUUUCCCAGGUCAGAAUCUCGGUGCCCUCCCGAUGGGUGCUAUGGGUCAAGGCUUGCAGUCAUCCGGUCCUGCUGAAUGGGAAUGGUUGACCAUGAGCUUGUGA